AUGAAAGAAGAUGAAGGGGAUAAUUUGGACUGUACCCUACAGCGCUUUUGGGAUCUCGAAUCUAUCGGCUUAGUACCAGGCAAAGAAGAGACAUACACUCCAGACGAUUUGGAAGCUGAGAAGAAAGUUGCGAAUUCCUUACGUUAUGUCAACGGUCGCUACGAGGUAGGAAUAUCAUGGAAGAAUAACGAACCACAGUUGGAAAAUAAUUACAACUUGGCUUAUAAACGUCUAGAAACACUCGAACAGUCUUUAAAACGACGUUCGAAUGUCGCCGAGAGUUACCAGAAAGUAAUUGAAGAUCAUUUGUCCAAUAGGUAUAUUCGGAAACUUACCCGCCAAGAAAAGCAACGACCGAAGUGGUACCUUCCACAUUUUCCUGUGAUGCGCAACGAUAGAUCAACGACGAAAGUCAGAAUAGUCUUUGACGCAUCGUGUAGUUUUCAAGGGAAAAGCCUGAAUGAUUCUAUGCACACUGAUCCUAAGCUACAGAAGGAAGUUUUGGACGUACUUCUACGUUUUCGCCGCGACAGGAGUGCCUUAUCGGGUGACAUUAGCGAGAUGUUUUUGCGAAUUAUUAUGGCAGAAAAUGAUCGUCCAUAUCAUUCUUUCCUGUGGCGUGACCUGAAAAGCGGAAAGCCUGAUGUUUAUGAAUUUCAACCAUUUGGUGUUUGGAGAUAAAGCGUCCCCCUACUUGGCUCAAGGUGUGUGUCGAGAACAUGCAAAGAGAAAUGCAAAUGAAUACCCGGAUGCUGCGAGGACAGUCUUGGAUUCAAUGUAGAUGGAUGACACCUUGGAUUCAGUCUCGAACGUAGCAGAAGUAAUUAAUCUUCGACAUAAUUUAACGGUAAUGAUGGCUCAAGCUAGAAUGAAAAUUAGAAAAUGGUGCAGCAACGAAGCAGCUGUGAUGGCGGACGUCUCUCCUUUGGAUCGUGCUCAAGGAAGUAUAGAGAUACGAGACAAAACUUUGCCAACAAUCAAAGCUCUGAGAGUUACUUGGGAAGCUAGCAAUCACUUGUUAACUUUUCAAUACGCAGCACCACCUAUACCUGAUGAAUUAACGAAGAGAGUCGUUACACGUUUUGCAGCCAAAAUCUUUGAUCCGUUGCAGAUUUUGUGCCCAUUUACAAUACAAGCCAAAAUUCUCCUACAGAAAGCCUCGAGUCGGCAUCUCACAUGGGAUGAGAAACUACCUGAUGAUUUGUCCAAAUCGUGGAAACAGUGGUUUGAACAGCUUACUCAACUUGGAGAAUUAAAGUUGAGAAGAUGCCUUCGACAAGAUCAAAGUGUUAAUAGUCAAUCAGUUCACACUUUGUUGAUGCCUCAACGCAAGCGUACGCCGCGGUUUCAUACAUUCAGAACAUUUAUCACGAUGGAACAGUUUCAGUGGUGUUUAUAGCAGCUAAAUCGCGAGUCGCUCCUUUAAAAGAAUUAACUGCACAAAGAUUAGAACUUCUAUCAGCAGUACUCGGCCUACGAUUGAGUGAUUACAUUUCAAGAAGUUUACAAAUUCCUUUGAGUCAACACCACUUCUGGACUGAUUCUCAGAAUGUUAUCUAUUGGGUAAAUGGUAGUAGCUCCAAAUUCAAACCUUUCGUUGCACACCGUGUUGCAGAAAUCCAAAAAUCUACUUCGCCUAUACAGUGGAAACAUCUUCCUGGAGCAAUUAAUCCAGCCGAUGUUGCCACAAGAGGAAUCACAUCGGAACAGCUCGUCGCAUGUGAAACUUGGAUGAACGGGCCUUCGUUUUUACACAGCGGUCCUUGGCCUGACCAACGCUAUGUUAUUCCUGAAGAAGGAACAUCUGAAGAAAAGAAAAAAGAAUCAACUGAACUUGUUCAUCUGACGCAGACAUCCAUUCAUUCACCACUCAAGUUUAUGCUACUAGAUGCAACAUAG